AUGAAGAUCAUCCUAAUUACCGCACAAGACUUGUGCCUCACGUCAGAGAUUCUAUGGAAGAUAUUGUUCAAGCUUCAGCUGCAGAGCGGGCAUCUGAACCAAGUUGUAGCUUUACAACAGGUGAAGAUCCUGCGGAAAGAUGGACUCGUCAAAGGAGCUGGUAGCUUUGCAGCGAAAUCCGAUUCUCGAGAAAGGAAACUAUGGUCACUGGAAAUGAAGAUGCGAGCUGUCAUUAGGGGAAUCCAUGAAGAUGCUUGGACUGCUGUUGAAACCGGAUGGAGCGCUCCUACUGCUUAG